AUCACCGGGCUCUACGUCACCUUCGUCUUCGCGAUCGGUCGCUUCCUGCGGCUGUCCGUGUCGUCGCUGCGACUGCGGAUACCGACGGAGGAUCUUCCCUCCACGAGGAGGUUGGUGGCGCUCUGCCAGGACAUCUACGUGGCUCGGGCGGAAGGCGAGCUGGUUUUGGAGGAGCAGUUAUUCCGGGCGCUGAUCAACGUGUAUCGCUCGCCAGAGCUGCUUUUCGAACUGUCCCGAAAAAAGCAUAAACAGGCGUGA